UGAACAAGAGCCAUCAGAAAUAACGGGACAAAAGAAAAACUUGUCAAUUCUUUCUCCCCACUUGCACUUUGGCCUUUCGGUCAGAAUCAUUCCCCAUUCAGGAACUCUACUUUGGUUUCAUUCACUCAUGCAAUUGCAGCCACUUGAUUUUUGAACUUUGGUUGUGAGGGGAGAAUAUAUUUUGGGUGUGAUAUGCAUGUGUUCCUGCACAAAAAUAUUUGUUGAACAAUCCAGGAAUCCAAUUCCAUUUGCCCCUAGCUGCUCUUGCUCUGCGCGUAUAUAAAAGCCCCAGCGAUCAUCGGUAUCCCGGCCAUCGGAAACAAAGCAGGCAGAGUAGUUCCAUUGUGUGUAGCUUUGACCUUGAGACCAAAUCAGGCACAAUUUCCAGCUUCAGAUUUAAUCUCUGUUCUCUGAAGAACAAGGUUGAGGUCCUUGAGGAACUGAUAAAUCAACCUCUGAUCUCUGAAGAACAAGGACAAAGGAGACUGAACUGAAAAUCAGAUGGCGCUGAGGAGGAUCGUCAAGGAGCUCAAGGACCUGCAGAGGGAUCCCCCAACCUCCUGCAGCGCAGGGCCGGUGUCGCCGGAGGACAUGUACCAGUGGCAGGCGACGAUCAUGGGGCCGGCGGAGAGCCCGUACGCCGGCGGGGUGUUCGUGGCGUCGAUCCAGUUCCCGGCGGACUACCCGUUCAAGCCGCCCAAGGUGGCGUUCAGGACCAAGGUGUUCCACCCGAACAUCAACAGCAGCGGCAGCAUCUGCCUGGACAUCCUCAAGGACCAGUGGAGCCCCGCGCUGACCAUCGCCAAGGUGCUGCUCUCCGUCUGCUCGCUGCUCACCGACCCAAACCCCGACGACCCGCUCGUGCCGGAGAUCGCGCACAUGUGCAAGGCCGACAGGGCACGCUACGAGCAGACCGCCAGGACAUGGACGCACAAGUACGCCAUGGGCUGAUCCAAGAUCCUUCCGUCGCCAUGAAUGGAUGAAUGAACCGAGGAGGAUGAUAAGCAAUAACCCUUUCUUGUUCUUGGAUACUGAGGAUUAAUCCUGUGAAAGAUCGUGGCUUCUCGGUAUAAAAUUUGUGGAGAGCUGUCAGAUAACAAAGACGCUUUGGCCGAGUGGUUAAGGCGUGUGCCUGCUAAGUACAUGGGGUUUCCCCGCGAGAGUUCGAAUCUCUCAGGCGUCGUUUCCUUUUUUUUUCUUUUUUUUUAAUAUUUUUCCAUUCCUCUUUAAUACUCCUAAAUUCCACAAACAUCUAUCUAGUCACACCUGAUUCUUCCCAAAGAUUUAUCUUCAACUAAAAUUUUGUUCAGCAAUACAAAGAUACGUGAUACAAAUUCAAUUU